GGUCGAGGGGCAAAGAUUGUUGUUGCAAUUAUGGCUAAGUCCCAGGUGGGACAGGAUCCCGAGUUCUGUGCCGCAAUCACUGUGCUGAACCGGGCGGUGGAACUAGAUUCGGAGUCCCGGUACCAGCAGGCCCUAGUGCGUUACCAAGAGGGGAUUGAUCUGCUCCUGCAGGUUUGGAAAGGCAUCCAAGAUCAUACUAAGAGAUGUUACCUCAGAGAAAAAAUUACUCACUACAUGGAUAGAGCAGAAGACAUAAAGAAAUACUUGGAUCAAGUAAAAGAAGAUGGAAAAUAUCACAAACAAAUUAAGAUAGAAGAGAAUGCAACAGGUUUUGGUUAUGAGUCACUUUUUGGUCGUUUUUCCCUUGGAUAUUGUGACUUUGAUUUAAGGCCAUGUCUUGAAACAACAGUGGACAUUUUUCACAACAAGCACACACAAAAAAUAUGA